AGCCCUUCCUCUUAUAAACGUGGUGUUUGGGUUCCUUUUCUCUCCGUUGGGCCUCGUCUUCCUGCAACAUUUUGUCUGUGUAACAAAUUUUAAUAAUUUAUAUAGGGGAUUUAUACUAAAAAUGUGCUUAUGUGACUAACUACAUGUAGUAAAGUACAUGUCGCAAUUAAAAAAUGAAUCAGGGUGGUGCCUGUGGCUCAAAGGAGUAGGGCACUGGCCCCAUAUACCGGAGCUGGUGGAUUCAAACCUGGCCCUGGCCAAAAACUGCAAAAAAAAAAAAGAAUCAAAGAAAAUUAUCACAAAAAGGAAUCAUUAAACAUGCUAGUAAGUUGUUCUGUAGUGCCUCAUCAUUUCCUGUGCCUUUUUUCAAGAUUAUUUUCUUUGUUCCCUAUUUCUGGUUUGGCCUGUUUGACUUACUGUUCCUAUGUUUUAAAGAGUAUUCUCAAUUCACAAAUAGCUGAGAAUGGUUGUGGGGGGUGUCUGUGUCUACCACAUUGUCUACUUUAUUUUAUUUAAUUUUCAUAUCUAUAAAAUCGAUUUCAAAUGGAAAUAAUUGUUAUGAUUAGUUAUAUUGACAUGUGGGCUAUGCUGUUUAAUUUUGUUUUUAGAAAUUUGUGAAACAGUAGGUAUUUAUUAAUGGUGUACAUUGCAUUUUAUAACUUAUUAAGAAGUCUAUAACUUGGCUUGGCGCCUGUUGCUCGGUGAGUAGGGUGCCACCCACAUACACUGAAGCUGGCGGGUUCGAGUCCCGCCUGGGCCUGCUAAACAACAAUGACAACUGCAACAAAAAAUAGCCAGGCAUUGUGGUGGGCACCCAUAGUCCCAGCUUCUUGGGAGGCUGAGGAGAGAGGGAAGAGAAUUGCCUAAGCCCAAGAUUUUGAGGUUGCUGUGAGCCGUGAUGCCAUGGUACUCUACCCAGGGUGACAUAGUGAGACUAUGCCUCAAAAAAAAAAAAAAAAGAAGAAGAGGAAGAAGCCUAUAAUUUAUAUGUUAAGAAUAACUAUUAAGGCUCUGCACUGGUAGCUCAGCGGGUAGGGUGUUAGCCAUGUAUACCUGGGCUGGAGGGUUUGAAUUGCCGGGCCUGCCGAACACUGACAACUACAACAAAAAAAUAGAUGGGAGUUGUGGUGGGCGCCUGUAGUCCUAGCUACAUGGGAGGCUGAGGCAAGAGCCCAAGCUCCCAAGUGGCCUCACAGCUCACAGCAACCUCAAGCUCUUGGGCUUAAGUGGUUCUCUUGCCUCAGCCUCCCAAGUAGCUGGGACUAUAGGUGCCUGCCACAAUGCCUGGCUGUUUUUUGUUUGUAGUUGUCAUUGUUUGGCAGGCCAGGGCUGGGUUCAAACCCUCCAGCUCUGGUGUAUGUGGCUGGCGCCCUAGUCCUUGAGCUAGAGAUGCUAAGUCAGGACUUUACAUUUUUUUUUAUACCAGCCUCAGUUUUUACUUCCAGGAGACACAUUACUGUUUAGCCCAUCAGAUGCUGGUAUUUGGGGAAAAUGUGCACAAAUUAUUUCUGCUCUCUAGAUUUCCAGAUAUUUCAAGGGAGGAAAAUUAUCCCAAAGGAAAAGAAUGACCCAUCCCCCUUAAGGUGUUUUCAAAACUUGCAACACAAUUCACACUUGUGCAUUGAAAGCUAGGUUGCAGUUUCUCCUGGGAGGGUGGCCAUUGAGUAAUUCUGUGAGCAGGCUGAAGGUGGAAGGAUGUCUCAAGGGAUAGAGUGAUCUUACUUGACACUUGAGUGAGACAUGUCUGUAUUUCAGUCAACAGUGACACUCCCUGAAUUUCAAACCUUGAAAAGCUUUGUUUCUUUAUUUCAGCUUAAAUUUUUCAUUAAGUGCAAUUAAGUGUAAUACAUCAAUAGAACUGAAAGAAAAGAAAAUGUUCCUGAAAAUGCAAGACAGAACUGGAGUUGAGAAAAGGAAAUUAAAUAUGUAGUUAUAUUUCAGUAAAAAAGUUGGUUUUACCUCUUUUUUUUGUUUUAAGAGACAGAGUCUCAAGUUGUCACCCUGAGUACAGUGCCGUGGCAUCAUAGCUUACAGCAGCCUCAAGCUCUUGGCCUUAAGCUGUCCUCUUGCCUCAGGCGCUGCCACAACACCCCGCUACUUUUUGAGACAGGUCUCGCUCUUGCUUAGUCUGGUCUUGAACUCCUGAGCUCAAUCCAAUUGAUCCACCUACCUGGGCUUCCCAGAGUGCUAGGAUUACAGGCCUGAGCCACCACGCCCACCCCUGCUUUUACCUUUUUUUCUUUGAGUGAGUGUUGUAAGGUUUUGAGAUAUGUUAUUGUCUGAGGGUGAUUACAGAUGGAAACUCAGUUUAGCUUUGCAAUGAUACUCGAAGAAGAAAGAGACACAGUUUUGAUUGCUUUAUGAUGCAUAAAAAUGAAUACAUUUCCAUAUGAAAGUGUGGUAGAUCAUUUGGUGAAUUGCAAAUAUUGACAAGACAUCAGUUCCUCUUUUACACAGAGUGGAGAUCUGUGACAGUAGGUAACUUUGUUCUUUAUUAUUAUUUUUAAAUUUGUAUAUAUAUAUAUAUUGUUUUUUUUUUUUUUUUGGAGACAGAACUUCAAGCUGUCUUGAGUAGAGGGCUUUGACAUCACAGCUCACAGCAACCUCCAACUCCUGGGCUCAAGUGAUUCUCCUGCCUCAGCUUCCCAGGUAGCUGGGACCAUAGGUGCCUGCCACAAUGCCCGGCUAUUUUUUGGUUGCAACUGUUAUAGUUGUUUGGCGGGCGCAGGCUGGAUUCGAACCCGCCAACUCAGGUGUAUGUGGCUGGUGCCUUAGCUGCUUGAGCCACAGGCCCUGAGCCAAAUUUUGUUCUUUGAAGGUGGAGUUUAAUGCUAUAUCCUAUGGAAGUUGACCUGCAAACUUCCAGAGAUGGUCUCAAAUGACUAUUUACUAAAUGAUUUGUUUUCAUUUAAUAAUUUAAAUUUUUUUUCAUUUAAUUUUGCUUUUCAUGUUAACAUAAGAUUUCUUAUCCAAAAAUUCUGUUGGAUUUCUCAAACACAACUGGGAACCCACAGGCAGGUGUGGUUGAUGGAAGGUAAGGGUGAUGAGAUGCCCUUCUUGAAGGUGUAAUUGGCAUUGUUGUGGUGGGUGGUGUUUUUAGACACUGUUCAAUAGAACAAUUUUGAAAUUACAUCUUAUUGUCCAAUAAGAUGAUUUUUUUCUUUAUUGUAAGGAAGCAUUGCUUGGGGAAAAGCACCAAGUACAAUUGUAAGUAUUUUACAAUUUCCUGCUAUUAUAUAAGCCUCAACACUGAGUUUGCAGAAUUUUUCUGGAUUUCUCAAACACUUGCUGUUCUCUUUGAGUCAAGUGACUAAGACAAGAUCAACCUUGGUGCUCCAAAAGAUGGUCAUCGAGGGCCCAGGAUCCGUCUCUACAGGUUUUCAGCCUGUUCAUACCACCUAUGGGAAGAACCCUUUAUAUGGACAAAGGCGCAGAGCUCUGGAAAGCUGGGGACUCACAGGCAGAUGUGGUUGAUGGAAGUGGAAGGUGAUGAGAUGCCCUUCCUGAGGUGUAAUGGGUCUUGUUCUGGGGCUGUUUCUAGACAUUGUCCAACAGAAUAAAUUUUAAAUUCCAUCUUAUUGUCCAAUAAAAUGAAUUCUUCAUUACUGAAGGAAGUAUUGCUUGGGGAAAGCAUGAAGUAUAAAAUCUGCAAGCAUCACACACAAGGGCUUUCUUUCAUAAAGAGGCGUAAACGUGUAGAAACAAGGUGGGAGAUGGGGGCAGAAUGGAGGGUGGAGAAAUAAUCUGCCAGGUCAGGACAUGUUUCAUCCUGCAGUCAGACAGUUCUUAGGAGGGGCAUAAAGAGGGGCUAGAUGUUAAUUCUAAGUCAGACGUAGAAUUGGCCAAAGGUCAGGGGCUGGGGGGAAAAGAGUAACUUCAGCAAAAUUUGAUGAAGAAAUAUUUUGUGUUGACUGCUGAAGAAACAACUGUUCGGCUAAUUGUUUAUGAGCAAUGAAUGGGAAUUUGCAGAGCCUGUGCCUUGCCUCAUCAUAGGUAAAAUAGGUAAUAUCACCUAAGUCAUCAUGGGAAGAGUUGUUUUUUGCAGUGAGCUUCUCUUGAGAACACAGAGCAUGAGGAAUUUUUUUAAUCAGAGCUACUUCCCAGGAUGAGCUAUGCUCCCCAACAUCUCCCACCACUAUCCUUUGUCCUAUACAUGUCUUCUUUCUGCCUUUUUCUUUGAUUAUAAUUUUUUUUUCUUUUUCUUGCAGUUUUUGGCCAGGGCUGGGCUUGAACCCACCACCUCCAGCAUAUAGGACUGGCACCCUACUCCUUUGAGCCACAAGUGCCACCUAUUUAUUUUUUUCUUUUUAAGACAGAGUCUCACCCUGGUUUUUACUAUUUUAAGUUGCACACAAACUUUAUGGACACCCUGUAUAACCAAUGGUGCUGUCAGGGUUUGUUUUUUUUUUGCAGUUUUGGCCAGGGCUGGGUUUGAACCCACCAACUCCAGCAUAUGGGACCAGCGCCCUACUCCUUUGAGCCACAGGCACCGCCCAAGCAGAGUCAGCUGUCAUGUCUUCUUCUUGAGGACUAAUUACAGUGACUUAAUUCAUCUUUGCAAUCUCUUAAAUUGUCUGAGAUGCACAUCACAUUCUGGUUUAAUUGUAUAAUAUGACAGUUCUUUCUCUGUCUACCAUUGUGAUGGGUUAUUCUGGAGUUGGAAAUGACUCUGUUUUUAAUUAUAAAUUAUUUUUACACACCAUCCAGAAUUACCACAUAUGACAUGAACAUAGAUGAUGCCCACUGAGUGUAACUCCAGAGGGAGCUUUGCAUCUCAACCUUCCAGUCACAACACAUAAUUGUACAGCAAAGUGCAUGUUGUCCCAAAUGAUGAAGUUACAAUGUAGCUUCUUGAGCAGUUAUAGUACACGGUGUCACAAAAGUUGCUCCUACAGUCACCAUACAGAGAAAAAAAUGGAAAUUGUAGCACUAUGUACUUUUAUUUACAGCAAAAUUUUAUAAUACAUUUACAAACUAUUUUCUAUGUUUGCCACCUCUUUACAAAAUUUGGUAAUGAGUAUUUUGUAAAGGUAUAGCUAGCUAUGAUUUUCAGUUUUUCCUAUGUAUGGUGACUUUGGAGACAACCUGUAGAUUUUUACAAACUACCUCUAUUUCAGGCGUCCUUAAACUUUUUAAACAGGGGGCCAAUUCACUGUCCCUCAGACCGUUGGAGGGCUGGACUAUAGUUAAAUAUAUAUGUAUAUGAACAAAUCUCUAUGCACAGUGCACAUAUCUUAUUUUGCAGUAAAAAAACAAAACAGGAACAAAUACAAUCACACCGCCUCAUGUGUCCCAUGGGCUGCAGUGUGAGGACCCCUGCGAGUGCCAGCCAUUCUCUCUCUGUCUUUCAAUUAUCCUGAUAUCUUUACACCUAAAAUUGAUCAGAGACUAUGAGGCCCGGAAAUCAACCUGGAUCACAGAUAAGCAUUGAGUACACCUGAGAAUGCCCGCAUUCCCACUUUUCUGUUUCUGUAAUUCUCAUGAAUGUACACAUGGGACUACCUGCAUCCCCACGUGUGCAAGAGACACUGCUGCCUUCUCUGACCUCUGGAACCUUUAAAGUGCUAGAAAACUAUGCCGUGCUUCAAAAUUGUGAUUGGUGAUCUUCCUUGAACCAAAGAUAUGUUGGUUUUUAAAAAGUGUCGAGGCUCUGUACCUGUAACUCAAUGGCUAGGGCACCAGCCACACCGGAUCUGGCAGGUUCAAACUCAGCCCAGGACUGCCAAAGAACAAUGACAACUACAAACAAAAAAAGAGCCGGGCAUUGUGGUAGGCUCCUGUGAUCCCAGCUACUUGGAAGACUGAGGCAAGAGAUUUGCUUAAACCCAAGAGUUUGGGGCUGAUGUGAGCUGUGACACUACGUUACUGCACUGAGUGUGACAAAGUGAGACUCUCAAAAAAAAGUGUUGAGCAGAAGUGUCUCUGUGCUGUGUUUGCUUUCUCUAGGUGAGUGCUGCUAUAGUCUAGAAGUAGUAACAGCAGCAAUAGGGGGAUUAUUAAAGAAGCUACUUCAUAGACUCACUGAAAACCUGUAUUUUUUUUUUUUUUUUUUUUUUUUUGGUAGAGCCAGAGUCUCACUUUAUCAUCCUCGGUAGAGUGCCGUGGCAUCACACAGCUCAAGCAACCUCCAACUUCUGGGCUUAGGCCAUUCUCUUGCCUCAGCCUCCCAAGUAGCUGGGACCACAGGCACCGAACAAUGCCAGGCUAUUUUUUGUUGCAGUUUGCCUGGGGCCGGGUUUGAAUGCACAAGCCUUGGUAAAUGGGGCCAGCGCCCUACCCACUGAGCCACAGGCGCUGCCUUUUUUUUUUUUUUUUAGAUACAGAGUCUCAUUCUGUUGGCCUCAGUACAGUGCUGUGCCAUCACAGCUCACAGCAACCUCCGGCUCUUGGGCUUAGGCGAUUCUCUUGCUUCAGCCUCCCAAGUAGCUGGAACUACAGGUGCCCGCCAGAAUGCUGGGAUAUUUUUUGUUGCAGUUUGGCUGGGGCCGGGUUUGAACCCACCACCCUCAGCAUAUGGGGCCGGCACCCUACUCACUGAGCCACAGCUCCCGCCCCCAAACCUGCAAAAUGUUAAACAAACCCAAGGUUGACUGUUCAUUUGUGAAAAGGUAGAGUCACAAUGCAAGAGUUGGUGGAUGAGAAAGCAGUUUUUUCAAGAGCAACAUAAGGAGAUGGCUGACUUAUGUUGGAAAGACCGCCUGAUGUUCCUCAGCUGACCAGAAGGUGGUGAAAGGGGAAAGGAGUGUGGGAAACUACGUGUAGGAGCUUUCUUUUCUUUUCUUUCUUUCUUUUUGUUUUUUAUGAGACAGUCUCCCUCUUUUUUUUUUUUUUUAUCAGUUUUUGGCUGGGGCCGGGUUUGAACCCACCAACUCUGGCAUUUGGGGCCAGCACCCUACUCCACUGAGCCACAGGUGCCACCCGGAGCUUUCUAUGUGUGGAUCUCCAUGUCUCAUUCAAAAGGUUUCUAGCCAUCUGGCAGUCUGGCUGACAUGAUAUAGAUCAAAACAGAAAUGUGGGUUAACUGCUCACUAUUUUUCUUGAUGAGGAGUUCUGAAAUCUUGGUUCUAUAGUUAAUGGCUCAAAAUCAUUCCUGAAAUUCUUGUUUUUAAAUUCUGUUUUGGAGACAGAAUCUGACUUUGUCAUCCUCCGUAGGUUGCCAUAGCAUCAUAGCUAAUAGCAACCUCAAGCUCCUGGGCUCAAGCCAUCCUCUUGCCUCAACCUUUGAAUGAGCUGGGGACUCCAGGUGUGAGCCAUGGGGCCAGGCUUCUUCUUGAAAUUCUUAAACAAGGACUUAAACAAGUAUUGUUAAUAAAAUGUGAUUAUUUGCUUGAAGAUAGAGUAACUGCUGCUGUUGCAGAAUCACAUACUCAGAAUGGGCAUAAUGUGAAAAAACUUAUAUGCAUAUUAAAGCCUGAGAGGUGAUGCUUAGCUAAAUGUUUCUCAUCCCAGGCUUCCAGUUAAGAUUCCAUGGCCAGUUUGAAGAAGUAGCAUCUCUGUCAUUUUGUCUGCACACUCAUUCUAUUAGUCUGGGUUGUGUCAUCAGUGUGGUUUUAAUUAAGUGUCCCCAUGUGAUGCUAAGGUUAGGCCAGUAUCAAGCAUGAGGGUUUCCAUAUCUAUUUAAGACAGCUGAGUUUAUUUAUUUAUGUAUUUUUUCAGAAAGAGGUUACAGGUCACAUAUUCCCAUUUGCAUGGCAGAAAUUACUGGCAAGGGAGGGCACUGGAGGCCAAGAAAUAAGAAAUGCACACUUUGGUCUUUAUGUGGAAUCUCCUUCUUCCUGACUUUCUCUGUGAUAAAGAACAAGGAAGGGUGAAUUUUUUUCUGUACUUAGUGGUCUCUCUGACUGUGGAUGUGGUAGCAGGUGAAGGGGUUGCGCUGAUGCCUUUGUUGCAGAAAGAUGAGGCCCAACAGAGAGAAAGAGCACCCACACGCCACGUUUAAAAGAGGAAGGGCUUUAUUCACCAGCCGGUAGCUUACGGCAUAGAAUUCCAAAUGGCUGCGCUCCCCGACUACCUUGGUCUUUCCCUUUUUAUUGACAGUCAAAAAGUUCCACCCCACAGGUACCCUUCUCAUUGGCCAGUUUGAAUCAAGCGGGAGAUGCUAUUCCAGCCCCUCCAGAACUACAAGAUUUCACGGAAUUUGGAAAUUUCAAAGUUCCAGGAAGUUAAGUUUACAAAUUCCCAAGAGCUUAGUCACCAUGGAGAGGACCCUGCAGGUGUAUCCUUGUGGUCUCCUUGAGAAGAUCUGUUCUUCCAGACCUCACCCUUCUCAGUUAUCUUCUCUCGCCUUUAAAGCCGAGAUAAAGCCGAUAAAGAUAUUGUCAAGAUCCAGGUGGAAUGUAUCCAGAUAAUCUCAUGUGAGAAGGAAAUCUAGGGAAGGAGGAGGAGGAAAUGAUUGCUUCUCAGGGAAUGUUGACAUUCAAGGACGUGUCUAUAGAGUUCUCUAUGGAUGAGUGGGCCUGCCUGGACCCUACUCAGCACACUUUGUAUCGGGACGUCAUGUUGGAGAACUACAGACACCUGGUCUUCCUAGGUCUUGCUGUCUCUAAGCCAGACCUCAUCACCUGUCUGGAGCAAAGCAAAGAACCCUGGAUGGUGAAGACUCACCAGACAGUAGUCAAGCACCCAGAUGUAUCUAAUCAUUCUACCCAAGACCAUUUCCAAGAGCUGGGCACAAAUAUAUUAUACCCAGAGAUAACACUGAGAAGAUAUCAAAGUUGUGGCCUGGAGAACUUAAACUUAACAAAAGACUGGGAAAGUGUUUCUGAAUGUACUCAGCAGAAAGUAUGUUACAGUGGAUGUGACCAAUGUUUAACAGCUAGCCAUGGCAAAGUCUGCCAAUGUAGUAAAUAUACGAGAGUGUUUAGACAUUUGUCAAAUCUAAAUAGACAUAACAUGAUAUAUACCAUCGAGAAAAUGUUUAAGUGUGAAAAUUAUGGGAAAGCCUAUAACCACUGCUCACACAUUGCUAAAUGUAAGAUAAUGCAUAUUGGAGAAAAACAGUACAAAUGUAAAGAAGGUGGCAAAGGCUUUAAAUUUUGCUCAAGCCUAUCUAACCAUAAGAAACUCCACCCUGGGGAGAAACUCUAUAAGUUUAAAAAUUAUGGGGAAUGUCUUAGGCAUAGAUCAAAAUAUUAUAACCAUAAGAGUAUUAAUACUGGAAGAAAAGCCUACAACUAUAAAGAAUGUGAUGAACUUACCAAUCAGUACUCACAUCUUUCUGGACAUGAAAGAAUUUAUUCUGGAGAGAAACACUACAAAUGUCAAGAAUGUGGCAAAGCCUUUAACAAUAGUGUAACCCUUACUAAACAUCAAAGAAUUCAUUCUGGGGAGAAACCCUACAAAUGCGAAGAAUGUGGCAAAGCUUUUAAGCAGUACCCAAGUCUUUCUAGACAUAAAAGAAUUCAUUCUGGAGAGAAACCCUACAAAUGUGAAGAAUGUGGAAAAGCCUUUAACUGGUACUCAACACUUUCUGUACAUAGAAGAAUUCAUUCUGGAGAGAAACCCUACAAAUGUCAAGAAUGUGGCAAAGCCUUUAAUUAUAAUUCAAACCUUACUAUACAUCAAAGAAUUCAUUCUGGAGAGAAACAAUACAAAUGUCAAGAAUGUGGCAAAGCCUUUAACCGGCACUCAAACUUUUCUGUACAUCAAAGAGUUCACUCGGGAGAAAAAUCCUACAAAUGUGAAGAAUGUGGCAAAGCCUUUAAGCAGUACACAAGUCUUUCGAGACAUAAAGGAAUUCAUUCUGGAGAGAAACCCUACAAAUGUCAAGAAUGUGGCAAAGCCUUUAAUUAUAAUUCAAACCUUACUAUACAUCAAAGAAUUCAUUCUGGAGAGAAACCCUACAAAUGUCAAGAAUGUGGCAAAGCCUUUAACCGGCACUCAAACCUUUCUGUACAUCAAAGAAGUCACUCGGUAGAAAAACCUUACAAAUGUGAAGAAUGUGGCAAAGCCUUUAAGAAGUACCCAAGUCUUUCUAAACAUAAAAGAAUUCAUUCUGGAGAGCAACCCUACAAAUGUCAAGAAUGUGGCAAAGCCUUCAACCGGCCCUCAAACCUUUCUGUACAUCAAAGAAGUCACUCGGGAGAAAAGUCCUACAAAUGUGAAGAAUGUGGCAAAGCCUUUAAGCAGUACCCAAGUCUUUCUCAACAUAAAAGAAUACAUUCUGGAGAGAAACCCUACAAAUGUCAAGAAUGUGGCAAAGCCUUUAUCUGUUACUCAAAACUUUCUGUACAUAGAAGAAUUCAUUCUGGAGAGAAACCCUACAAAUGUGAAGAAUGUGGCAAAGCCUUUAACCAGUACGCAACCCUUUCUAGACAUAAAAGAAUUCAUUCUGGAGAAAAACCUUACAAAUGUGAAGAAUGUGGCAAAGCCUUUAUUGUAUACACAAAGCUUACUAGGCAUAAAAGAAUUCAUUCUGGAGAGAAACCCUACAAAUGUCAAGAAUGUGGCAAAGCCUUUAAGUGGAACUCAAUCCUUUCUGUACAUCAAAGAAUUCAUUCUGGAGAGAAACCCUACAAAUGUGAAGAAUGUGGAAAAGCCUUUACUCUGCGUUCAUACCUUUCUGUACAUAGAAGAAUUCAUUCUGGAGAGAAACCCUACAAAUGUCAAGAAUGUGGCAAAGCCUUUAACAAUAGUGUAACCCUUACUAAACAUCAAAGAAUUCAUUCUGGGGAGAAACCCUACAAAUGCGAAGAAUGUGGCAAAGCUUUUAAGCAGUACCCAAGUCUUUCUAGACAUAAAAGAAUUCAUUCUGGAGAGAAACCCUACAAAUGUGAAGAAUGUGGAAAAGCCUUUAACUGGUACUCAACACUUUCUGUACAUAGAAGAAUUCAUUCUGGAGAGAAACCCUACAAAUGUCAAGAAUGUGGCAAAGCCUUUAAUUAUAAUUCAAACCUUACUAUACAUCAAAGAAUUCAUUCUGGAGAGAAACCCUACAAAUGUCAAGAAUGUGGCAAAGCCUUUAACCGGCACUCAAACUUUUCUGUACAUCAAAGAGUUCACUCGGGAGAAAAAUCCUACAAAUGUGAAGAAUGUGGCAAAGCCUUUAAGCAGUACACAAGUCUUUCGAGACAUAAAGGAAUUCAUUCUGGAGAGAAACCCUACAAAUGUCAAGAAUGUGGCAAAGCCUUUAAUUAUAAUUCAAACCUUACUAUACAUCAAAGAAUUCAUUCUGGAGAGAAACCCUACAAAUGUCAAGAAUGUGGCAAAGCCUUUAACCGGCACUCAAACCUUUCUGUACAUCAAAGAAGUCACUCGGUAGAAAAACCUUACAAAUGUGAAGAAUGUGGCAAAGCCUUUAAGAAGUACCCAAGUCUUUCUAAACAUAAAAGAAUUCAUUCUGGAGAGCAACCCUACAAAUGUCAAGAAUGUGGCAAAGCCUUCAACCGGCCCUCAAACCUUUCUGUACAUCAAAGAAGUCACUCGGGAGAAAAGUCCUACAAAUGUGAAGAAUGUGGCAAAGCCUUUAAGCAGUACCCAAGUCUUUCUCAACAUAAAAGAAUACAUUCUGGAGAGAAACCCUACAAAUGUCAAGAAUGUGGCAAAGCCUUUAUCUGUUACUCAAAACUUUCUGUACAUAGAAGAGUUCAUUCUGGAGAGAAACCCUACAAAUGUGAAGAAUGUGGCAAAGCCUUUAACCAGUACGCAACCCUUUCUAGACAUAAAAGAAUUCAUUCUGGAGAAAAACCUUACAAAUGUGAAGAAUGUGGCAAAGCCUUUAUUGUAUACACAAAGCUUACUAGGCAUAAAAGAAUUCAUUCUGGAGAGAAACCCUACAAAUGUCAAGAAUGUGGCAAAGCCUUUAAGUGGAACUCAAUCCUUUCUGUACAUCAAAGAAUUCAUUCUGGAGAGAAACCCUACAAAUGUGAAGAAUGUGGAAAAGCCUUUACUCUGCGUUCAUACCUUUCUGUACAUAGAAGAAUUCAUUCUGGAGAGAAACCCUACAAAUGUCAAGAAUGUGGCAAAGCCUUUAAACGGAACUCACACCUUUCUGUGCACCAAAGAAUUCAUUCUGGAGAGAAACCCUACAAAGUCAAGAAUGUGGUAAAACCUUUAAUUAGUGUGUAACCUUUCUAAAAUACAAGAAUUCAUUCAAGGGAGAAACCUUAUAAACAGAACACUGUGGCAAACCCUUUAUUCACAUUCAAACCUCACUGUACAUAAAAUAAAUCAUACAGGACAGAAACCCUACAAAUAUGAAGAAUGUGGAAGUAUCCUUACCUGGUGUUCAUAGCUUGCUAAGGAUAAAAGAAUUCACAAUGGAGAGAAAUUCUACAAAUGAGAACAGUGUGGUAAUGCCUUUUACUGGAGCUCAAACCUUACAACACAUAAGAAAAUUCAGAUUGGAAAGAAAUUUUACAAAUGUGAAUGAUGCGGCAAAAAUUUUCAGUGGUCUUCAGCCCUUAGUAAAACAUAAGAGAAAUCAUAGCAGAGAAAAAUGGUAACAUUAUGAAGAUGUGGCAAACCCUUAUGCCAGUAGUGACAGUUUUUUUACAUAAUAGAAUUCUUUUUUUGUUUUUUGUGACAGUGGCUUACUAUGUCACCGUUGGUAGAGUGUUGUGGCAUCACAGCUCACAGCAACUUCCAGAUCCUGGGCUUAGGCAACUCUCCUGCCUCAGCCUCCCAAGUAGCUGGGAACACAGGCACUGGCCACAAUGCCUGGCUAUUUUUUGUUGCAGUUUGGCCAGGGCCGGGUUCAAACCCGCCACCUUCAGUAUAUGGGGCUGGCACCCUACCCACUGAGCCACAAGCACUACCCCACAAAAAAAUUCUUAUUGAAUAAAAACUGUACAAAUGUGAAGAACUUGACAAGUGUUCAACUUGUCCUCAAACCAUUCUAUAUAUGAAAACUUUAUAUAACAGAGAAAAAUCCCUACAAAUUUGAAGUGUCAAAUCCUGUAAUCUCACACAUUUCAGUACCUGACAGAAUUCCUAGCAAAAUUCUAUAUAUGUGAAGAGUGAGAAAAUGUUUUUAAAUAUUCCUCACACUUUUCUAAUCAUAAUUCAUAUGGAAGAAAUACUCUAGAAAUGUCAAUCAUGUCUCAAGGCCUUAAAAUUUUGUUUAUACUGUUCAAUAGGUCUAAGGAGAGACAGGGGAAAUGAUAAAUGAUACUGGGAAUUUUUUUGUCCUUAACAAAAGAAACACAUUGACUAGGGGGGCCUUCCAUGGAAAAAACGUUGGCAUUUGAAGAAAGCUUCCAAAACCUGAUGUUUUCCCUACAAAAAAUGGGCCUCAGAGGUAGAGAGGCCACAAAAAGGGAUCUUUGAAGCAGGUAUACAAUUAAGGAGACGGCAGCUGCAAGUGACCUAUUUUCUACAGUAUAAUAAAAUUCACACCACUUCUAUCACACUUUACAAAUAAAACGACAACAUGUGGAUAUGGAUUAUAGGGAGCGAAAUGGGAGGACUCUCCAUUCUGGAAGAUUUUUCCCUUUCCAGGAAAAAUCAUGAAUAUUUUACCCCCAUACCACUUAACAUAGUAUUGGAAAAUCUCUAUAAAGGGGAAAAAUCUUACUAAACCCAAGGUCGUCUCUACAUGAAAAUGUAGUGUCUUCCUUCUCUAGAGUGUCCUUUAAUAAACUGACCUUUUGUUUGUUUAUUUAUUUAUUUGUUUGUUUAUUUAUUUAUUUAUUGGGAGGACUGGUUCUUUAUUUCAAAAAGACAUAUAUCAAUAUUCAGUAUCCAACCAGUUGCACUACUGGUUUUCUCUUUGUCCCCAUUGGCCCCAAAGACACCACACGAAAGGAGAGUACAUUUUAAGCCAAUAAGCUGCAGAAUGUACACCUAACAGGCCUCCCUCAGAGAAACCUCACCAAAAAGCGGGGACUGGGCAGGGAAAGAAACUUGAAAAGGUUUUCAGUACACUGCCAGCUCAAAGUAGAGAGCUCUCACAGCCAGUUGCGGGGGCCAGGGUGCCCCAAACCAAACGAAGCAAGGUUUCAAAUAAUAUAAAAUUGUUAGAAUCUUGUACAUAAGCCAUUCAAGCUUUCUCCAGCACAGACUGUUGCAAAGUACAAGGGGAUGGCACUUUUUGACAUAGCAGCUUCAGACCCAGAAAGGGUAAUGAGAUGAGU